CAUAAAGACUGACACUGUAUUGUGAAAAUAUUUACAUGUGCAAAAUGUACACUUUAUUAAUUGUUUUAUUAGUCAUAUCAUUUGCGGCAGCAGUACCUAAUUGCCCCGCCACGAACGGUGACCAACCCACGUACUUCCCACAUGAGACAUCUUGCUCUAACUUCUAUGAAUGUUCCCAUGGGAUCGCGUACACGAUGGAAUGCCCAGCUGGAUUAGAUUUCAAUACCCGCUUAAAUGUCUGCGACUUACCAGAAAGGGCAGGGUGUAGAUCUACUGCGAAAGUUCCACAAACCGCGGACUGAUCUUCCAUACUUCAGAGAAUCUUUGAAGUUAUCACACUUUUACCAAAUUAGUUAUUUAUUUAUUCUUCGAUUAAAUUGUAAAGUAUUAUAAUAUUACUAGUUACUGAAAUAAAUAAAUAUAAAGUGAUUAAUAUUACUCGAAACAACAGGUAUUAUUUACAUCCCUAUUUGUUAAAGCAGCGUCAAAAUUUCGUUGCCCUAAUUUGUAAGGUCGUAAACAUCAUUGAAAAUGUUUUGAUUGAUAUAAAUCUAAGAUAUCUACGAUCUAAGAUAAAUAAAUGAGUACUUACUUAUCUGCUAGCAGAUAAUGUUGCAAUAGUAUUGAAACCAUAGAAAACAUAUUUUUUUUGUUAAUUAAUUUUCAAUAAACGUUCCUAGAUACAGUU